AUGAAUGCCAGCGAGCUCUUCGAGGAGGAGCGCCUUCCGUGGUAUAGCCAUGAUCAGUUUUAUCCAGCACGACCUGGUGAGAUUCUCGAUUCUAGCUUUAAGGUUAUAGGAAAACUCGGUUACGGUGCAUACUCCACGGUCUGGCUGUGUCGGGAUAUCCGGUAUGUUUGGCACGCUGGCUCCGUCGCUGGCUUCGUCGCUGUCAAGAUUUGUACCCGAGAUGCCGAAAAGACCCCACAGCUCAAUCGAGAGCUAGAUUUUUACGAGCAUGUCAGUUCUAUGCAAUCACAGCAUCGCGGCCAAGCAUACAUCCGCGGACUGUAUGGCGAAUUUGAGCUCGACGGUCCGACUGGCAAACAUUUGUGCUUUGUUCAUCCACCCAUGCACAUGACUAUUCGACAGCUCCAGUAUUACAACCCAGCACACAAGCUCGACGUUCCGCUUCUGAAGUGCACGCUAGCCAAUGUGCUAAAGGCGCUGUCGUUCUUACACGACGAGGCUAAGGUCGUACAUACAGACAUCAAUCCUGGAAAUAUCAUGCUGACUGUGGAUGAUGACACUAUUCUGGAAAACUUCGAGAAAGCUGAAGCAGAGAACCCGUCACCAUCCAAAGUGAUUGACGACACACGCACCAUUUACAGUUCCCGUAAGCUUCCCCAUCCUACGGGUGAUCUUUGGGGCCAACCAGUUCUCUGUGACUUUGGAGAAGCGCGGAUAGGAGAUUCCCACUCUGGCUUAAUUCAGCCUGAGCUAUACCGUGCACCAGAGAUAAUUUUCGAGAUGGAGUGGGGCUCUAAGGUGGACAUUUGGAGUGUCGCCACGUUGGUGUGGGACUUGUUUGAAGAUGAGCAUCUAUUCGACGCCCGUGACAACGAGGGCAACCCAUCAGAGACACAUCAUGUUUCCGAAAUGGUUGCAUACCUUGGAAUGCCUCCGCUUGAAUAUACGCAAAGCAACCAUAUGACAAGGAAGGUCUUCGACAAGCAAGGACACUGGACGGGUGGCUCCAAGAGUGUAACUAUUCCUAAGAUCUCACUCGAGGAAAGAGUCUCGGUGCUUAAAGGGGAGGAAAAGGAAUUAUUUCUCAAUUUCAUACGCUCGAUGCUCAGAUGGCGGCCGGAAGACAGGAAAUCGGCGACUGAACUCCUGAAGCACCCAUGGAUGGCCGACACUAUGUAG